AUGGGACUUCUCAGUGUCAGCCUAUGGUUUAGACCCUCACAUAACUACCAUCCCCAGAUGUUUGGCUUCUCUGGAAUGCCUCCUUUGCUGCCCAUCACAAAGCUCUUCCCAGACUACCCCGCCCCUGCCCGGAAGAGUUGGGAGUCCCAAGCCCAGAGACGUACUGGGAUUGGACUGACCGAGUUCUUUUGUUUCUUUUCCCCACAGCUGAAGGCAGAUGUGGUCCCAAAGACAGCUGAGAACUUCAGAGCCCUGUGCACUGGUGAGAAGGGGUUCGGCUACAAAGGCUCCACCUUCCACAGGGUGAUCCCAUCCUUCAUGUGCCAGGCAGGCGACUUCACCAACCACAAUGGCACAGGGGGGAAGUCCAUCUAUGGAAGCCGCUUUCCCGACGAGAACUUCACACUGAAGCAUGUGGGACCAGGUGUCCUGUCCAUGGCUAAUGCUGGCCCCAACACCAAUGGCUCCCAGUUCUUCAUCUGCACCAUAAAGACAGAUUGGUUGGAUGGCAAACAUGUUGUGUUCGGCCACGUCAAAGAAGGCAUGGACGUCGUGAAGAAAAUAGAAUCUUACGGCUCUAAGAGUGGGAAGACAUCCAAGAAGAUUGUCAUCACAGACUGUGGCCAGCUGAGCUAACCGUGGCCUGGGUGCUAAGAUGGUGGCAGCCGUGUGUGUGUUGACUUACCCAGGUAGCCACCUCGGACUCUUUGCAGAGGCCCCGAAGAGUUGCCUGUGCCCACUCCACUGUCACUAUGCUUGAGGAAGGCCACUCAGGGAUAUUGGACCUCUACCAGAACUCUCCCGACUGCUUCCUAAAUGUCCAUCCUUCUUCAUGAUCCCCUUUCUGGGUAUCCUUUGUGGACAUGGUGUCACUCAGCCCUCAUCAAGCAUUGUCUGUGACAGCCCAGCCCACAAGUCUGAGGAACAACCCCUUGAGGCGUGACCUGCUGGGUCUGUGGUGAUUUCUGAGGAGUCCUCAGAGUCAAUAUAGGCAUGCCUUGAACACCGGUAGUAGGGGUGGGCCAGCAUUCGGCGAAGGUUUCUGCCUCUUCUUUGGCCAAGGGGGAUAACCAGUUGCUACAAAAGGGCUCUCAUACCUGUUUAAUGCCUUCCUAAUCAGAAUUAAGUUAAUUGAUAAGACUGACUAGAAAUGAAGCUGUGACACUAACAACCCCUUGCUACGGUGUGACCUGACUCAGUGGCACAGGCCACAGUUCCCCCGAGCUUGGCUUUUGAACCACAACUCAGGGCUUUUGUGAAGUUUCCUCCAGUGGAGGCCUUUCCUCCCGGUUACUGUGAAUCCCGUUGGUUUGCUGCUGUCGUUACUGUGGAGGGCCUGUGAGGGCAGGAGCAGUUGAACCUGGGAACAAACGUAACGUGAGCUGUGCCUUGUCAAUGUGAAUUCCUGUGCUGGAAACAGAAAUGCCUAUAAGCUCCCUGUGUUCUGGAAGAAAGCCUUUUCUGUGUGUGAAAAGAGUUGAGUCUACUGAUGACGUAUAUAAAACAUUUCUGAAACAUUUGUGUUCACCUUGAAUGUGAUAAUAAAUCCUAUUUUCUAUGAAA